UUUUUUUUUUACCCCUCCCCCUUUUUCCAUCCUGAACACUCACCACCACCUUGUUCUCUGUGUCGUACACGAUCGGCUCGUUUACUACACCAUUCGUCUCCCGAACGUCACUUACCGUCGAAUUUACGCAAACUUUCACUCAUUUUUUACGUCCUUGUCACUCUUUACACCAUUUCUAAUAACGAGCAGUUGCAACCUGGACGUUGAACUGCGCUGAUUCCGCUCAAAUCCUCUCUGUUAAUUCGCAUACGAACCUUGGCACAGAACCAAAAUUUGUCCUUGUCCCACUUGUAUCGCGCAUGACUAGUGCCAGUUCUUCACCGGAAAAAUCCAUCGACGCUUCAUCGGCAACGACCAAAUACCAUGCUCAAUUGUAUUCUGGGCAAAAACAACUUCAAAAACGUCAAUUACAACAAAAGGGACGACAGGAGGAUUCGUCCCACCACCAUCCGACGUUGAGUAACGGAAAACCGGCCGGACCGCCUUCUUCCCACUUUGGGGUCUUGGCUUUCGAGCCACCCAAUUUGUAUCGUACCUCGCUCCGACUCACCACGGAACGGGAUAUUCACCCAUGGUGGACGACCCUGGUCGAUAUCUUGUCGGACUCGUCCUUUCACGCGACACGCAUAACGCUCAGCAUACCCCAAGAUCCGGACGAUCCCUAUUCGACCCCGUGGGGAUUGAAAGCCGUGUACAACAAACGACAUCCCACCGCGCACAGUGACGACAACAGUGAUCAUCAAGCUCGUUCGGAAACGUCAGAAUCGUCUGCCAAUGAACAGAAUGAGGGAGAUUACUUUCUACACAAUCAUAUUGCUCAUGAAAAACCUGCAGCGUCAUGUCAUAUCCCAUGGUGCUUUGACCGUUUGCAGCCAUUUGAGUCUGAACCGGAACCAUUGAUUCACAACCCUAGCGUGCAGCGCAUCCUGAAAAGAAAUGCCACGGUGAUCUUAUCAAGAGAGUAUCGACAACGGUCGCAACAUCCGAAUUCGCUCCAACCGAGACCUCUUUUAAAAUCCUUUGCUCAGGAAGACGGGCAUGAGAUGUUUCGACGGGCCUUGUUGGAACAGACCGAAAAGUCAUCCCGAAGACAGAAUUGGAAUCCGCCAGUGAUUACGACUCCGUGCUUGCAUAAACUCGAAGAAGGCGAUGGCAACGAUCUGUUGACGGAAUCGGAAAUCCUCGUCGAUGCGUCCAAAGUCAAUGGUGGCAUGGAAGACGGGACGGCCACCACAGCUACCACCCCUGAGGUGGGAUCUUUCUUCAUGUACGAUUACGACGAAUACGAACAGCAGCAACCUUCACCGUGGUCUCAGUCACCUGCUCCUUCCCCAGCCAUGAUGGAUCCCGAUGUGAAUCCUUUCUUUCUUACUCCACCUGAUAUAGACGAUGAUGCCUUCAACCCUGUAUCGCCAGAAACCUACAAUAAUACGUCGAUACCAUUCCCUCCUCCUGCUUCCAACGUCCAUUCCGUCGUUCACAUUCCUCUCGUCCGUCCUUCCGAUGCUGACCUCCAUGCCUCUUCCGAUCACAACAGUCAUCGUUCAUCGUCCGUUCAUCGUAGUCCCUGCAGUAUUUCACCUCCCAUCGCAAUCUUGUCGUUCUUGACCCCGGUCGUACCAUACCCUCCCGUUCUGAUCAAUAGCUUAAAUUCGCUCUCCCCUUUUAUUGCCAAUAGUUUCGCUAAUGCCAUGGAAAAUAGUCGCAUUUUAAAACAGAAUCGACUCUACCGUCAUCCAUCGGCCACCCGUCAACGCACCCGUCCCAGUGUUUCGACGACGACCACCGACUCCCCCGCUACGACGACGAUCCAUUCAUCCUCCUCUUCCUCCUCCGCACCCAAAGAAUUGGAUCCCAACGAUUCAAGUCUACCGAAACCGACGCCCGGAACAGACACCGAUUCAGCCAUGUCCACGCCCACCGUGGCCGCGUACGCUUCCAACGCCAAUUCAUCGGGGCCCACUUAUUUAGCCCAUACAUCUCAUGUGAUGCGAAGUUCCCUCGAGACCGUCACUGAACAUAAUAUAGAUUCUCAUCGUCGCUCCAUCCCUCACAGUAUCAAUGAACUGGCCAAUGACGACGACCUUCACACAACCGGCCAUUCGUCCGAUGUUUCAUCGUCUUCCUUUGAUUCGGCCUUCUCCGUUUUCUCCGCUCCCGCCAGUUUCUCGGUCACCCACGCAUCGCAACCUGGCGAUCCUGCCAAAGAUCAACAGCAUCCCAUUUAUCGGAAAAUCGCCCGUCAACUCGCAGGCCAAACGACCAUGUCGUCGACAUGUCCUUCGUGCGGUCAACCCAGCUCCACCUUGCCUGAUGCUUGGGCAGCCUUGUCCCCGUCGUCGGCAGCUAUCCUGGAAGGUUGGGAUGCGAUUUCACCUACCACAGGAUUACCGAUCCGACCUUCAAUUCCGCCGCGGUCCAUGUGCAGCAAAACGGGCUGCAGCGUUAGUCAUCGGAAACCCAAACCGUCAGAAGUCUGGCCCUUGUCAACUGACCAAGGCCGGAAACCGUCCCGGCAAAACAAGCAUACCUACCGUAGAAAAUCAGAAAAUUUACCGCAGGGGCGGUCUUCGAGGCCGGUCAUUCGAAAAAAACGCAAAGGCAUUUCUUCUCGACCGUCACAUCGUCGUUCGGCCCGCCAGUGGCAAGAUAUUGACGAGAUAUCCGAGGACGAUGGAUUUCACUACCAUCACAGCGUGCCCAUGAGUCGUGAAAAUUCCAAUUCAAGUUCAAAGAACGACGGGUUCGAGCCUUAUUUGGUAGCUCCCAAAUCGAGUUUGCUUCGGCUCGUCAUUGACGGCAUUCCCAUCCACGUGUUCACAUGUUCUACCGUCACUGGGCAGGUUAUCUGGGUCAAUAAUCGAAUUUUGCAGUAUACAGGACGCUCGCUGCAGGAACACUUGGGUCCUCACUGGCUAUCGCAUAUGCACCCGGACGAUCGUGAAAAGUGUCAGAAAACAUGGGACACGGCGUUUGAACAAGGCAAUGGAUUCGCAGGCGAAUAUCGUCUUCGUCGUUUCGACGGUAUGUAUCGAUGCUUUUUAUGGCGCAUUGUCCCCCUGCGCAACCUCAAAGGCCGUAUCAUCCAUUGGUUCGGUUCCUGUACGGAUGUGCAUGACCAGCAUAUGGCCCAAGAAAACAACUUGCGACAGAUCGAGACGGUGAAUAACGAACGUAAAUACCGUCUGUUGGCGGAAGCGAUUCCUCAAAUCGUUUUCACGCUCCUUCCCGGGAUCGGGUUGACGUACGCAAAUGGCAACUGGGAAAGCUAUUCCGGACAGGAUCUCGAAAAGACUAUGGGACUAGGCUUCAUGUCGCAAGUGCAUCCUGAAGAUCGACAAAAACUCCAGUUGCCCGAUCUUGUCCCGGAGAACAUGGCCGGCAUCGCGUGGCACAAUGAAGUUCGUCUUUUGAGCAGCCAAGGCGAUUAUCGAUGGUUCCUUGUCAAAUGUGUUUCCGUAGAUGAAUCCAAUACUGGUGACAUUCGCUGGUUCGGUACUUGCACCGAUAUCAAUGAUCAGAAACUGUUGGAGCACAAACUGAAAGAAGCCCAUGAUGCCGCUCAAAAAUCCACGGAAAGCAAGACCCGAUUCUUAUCUAACAUGUCGCAUGAAAUUCGUACGCCUCUGAUUGGUAUCACUGGUAUGCUGAACUUUUUGCUGGAUACGGAGCUGACGGCGGAGCAAAUGGACUAUGCCCACACCAUUCAACAGUCGGCGGAAUCGCUGCUGGUGGUGAUCAACGACAUUUUGGAUCUCAGCAAAGUGGAAGCCGGCAUGAUGAAACUCGAGUGGGAACCGUUCAGUUUGAUGACCAUGAUUGAGGAUGCCAAUGAAUUACUCUCCACACUGGCCAUUCAAAAAGGACUCGAAUUAAGUUUCUGGGUCGAUGAAGACGUGCCUGAUGUAGUGAUCGGCGACCGCGUACGGUUACGUCAGGUGCUCUUGAAUUUAAUUGGCAAUGCCAUCAAGUUUACGUCGGUGGGUGAGAUAUUCACGCAGUGCACACUGCAAAAGACGGAAGGCCAAGAGGCCAUUCUGUUGUUUGAAGUCGUGGAUACUGGUGCUGGAUUCGAUGCUGAAGGGGAAGCGGUUAUUUUCAAACCGUUCUCUCAAGUGGACAACUCGAGUACGCGGAAACACGGCGGCAGUGGUCUUGGCUUGGUGAUUUCUCGCCAACUGAUUGAAUUGCACGGAGGACGAAUGAGUUGCAAGAGUGAAAAAGGCAAAGGAUCGACUUUUUAUUUCACCGCCAAGUUUGGCAUUCCCACUGGAGAAAUGCAACCUCGGCCACACACGCCUCAGCACGAGACGAGCAAUGAUCCCUUCUUUAGAACGAACAACGCGUAUGCUAUUACUCAUGAUGCUUCGCCCGUCCAUCCUCUAUCGCAGGAGAAAUCCGAUUCCACCAAUUUGACCGCGUCACCUCUUGCCCAUUCGCUGAAACACUCGCAAGCCAAUGGUGCGCCAAAUUCGGUCGAGUUGUUACACGAUGCUUUGAUGAACAAGGCCGCAUCCAUGCGUCUGGUGGUGCCGCCGGCUCGUAACGGCAAACUGUCACCUCCAGUCGCUGAAAAGGCCAAGCAACGGAGUCAAGAGACGAAGAACGGGUCGCUAGGAAAUGGUGAGGCGUUGUCAAGCAAACCGUGGCCCAAUGGGUCUCUCAUAUCACCGAAUAUGAUGUUGCCGCCUCGCACGCCACUGGAUGGACGCACUUCGCGGGUCUUACUCGUGUCGGAAUGGCCGCAUGCUCGUGAAACGUUGGCGAAACACAUUCGAUCGCUUCUCGGCAACAUGACGACGGUAUCUGGACGUUACCACUUGGAUGUCAUGACCAACCAUUUAGAAACGAUCCAGUUUCUGGUGGAUCCUCACACGGCGGCGUUUGAUUACAUUGUGAUCAAUUUAUCUUCAGAACAACACAUCCUGACUCUGACCCGUAGUAUCUGCAGCUCAUUCUCACAGCAAGAAGCGAAUGUGGUCAUUGUCACGACACCUAUGCAGCGUUCGAUGAUUGUGGAAAAAUGCAAAGCACUGGGCGACGGGACUAUGCCGCAAAACUGUGCUUUUGUAUUCAAGCCUAUCAAACGAAGCAAAAUCAAUUGGUUCUUUGGCAUUCGUCACGGACAAUCCGGCAAAGAUCAUCAGGAGACAACGGCACCCCCUGACGCUCCGCAACGCAGAGCGGCCACCCAAAAGGAAAUUUUUCGCAAGAUGGAAGCCGACGUCGGUGGUCGAGGUUUCCGUGUCUUGCUGGUAGAAGACAACUUGGUGAAUCAAAAAGUAUUGACGCGAUACCUGGCCAGAGUUGGUUUGGAGGCAGAUGUUGCUGCUGACGGCAAGCAGGGACUGGACAUGUUUUUAGCCCACCCUCAUGACUAUUACUCGUUAAUUCUGUGUGAUUUAUUCAUGCCUGUCAAAGAUGGAUAUGAGACGACCAAGGAAAUACGAGAGUGGGAAGCGGAACAUCUCGAGACCAAUACCAAACGGAUUCCUAUUGUGGCGCUAUCGGCCAAUGUGAUGAGCGAUGUAGCGAGCAAGUGUCUAGCGAGCGGAUUCACUACGUACAUAUCCAAGCCUGUUAAUUUCGCCGUACUGAGCGAUGUAAUACGAAGCUGUUUGCUUUGACAAUAGACCCCAUUUACCAUUUGAUAUAUUGUCACUUCCUUUUUUUUUUCCUCUGUUGUAUGCUGUGAGAUGACAGGAAAAAAAAAAGCGUACCCGGCACUACCCACCCUAUCCUGUAAUAUGGCGUCUUUUCCCCUCUCUCCUUUUUUUCACAGUAAGUUUAAUUCCAUUUUUCUCCCAUCUAAUAGUUUUUCGUUGUUGCAUAUUUUUUGUACUUUAAAUGUAUUUUCUUUUGACCAUGGAUUCCUUUUACAUUGAAAGCGCGGAAUAGCAUGGUUUUGUCAAAUAACACGUCGAUAGCUGCAAAAGACAUGCAUCGAUUUUCCAUUGUCCAAAAAAAGAG